UAAAAACUAACUUGUAUAUAAAACACAUCCUUCACAGGUCUAUUUCAUCGAGAAUUUUGAGUAUAGCCUGGUGGAUUUUUACUUUUACGUUAGCAUGUUUAUUCAUAGCUUCCUUGACAUCUCAGCUUCGAGAAGAAGGCACAGGAAAAGAUAACAGCCCUCAGUUGUCACAGCUUAGAGCAUUGUCUCUGGAAUCCAUAAUUUCGGAGUCUAUUUCAAAUGGAUGGCCAAAGAUCGGAAUAGUUUCUCCAGGUAGCAUAGAGAAGUUUCUGAAAAAAUCAACAUUACCUCUAUAUAGGCAAUAUAAAGCAUACCUGGAAAGUAAUCAAGAUGUAAAAGUUUCUACUAUUUCUGAAGGAAUAAAGAGAGUCAGAGAAUCUAAAGGGAACUACAUAUUUAUGGUAGAAUCCUUGGCCAGUGAAUAUGCUCUCGGAAGACAACCUUGUGAUAUUGUAGUCACACAUGAUUCCGCGUUUUAUGUUGGUUAUGGAAUAGCAUUCCCAUAUACAUCACAACUGAAGUCCAGCAUCGAUACAGCUUUGAAUUCCAUACAAAACAAAGGAUUAUUAGGCCAUCUCUAUCGUAAAUGGUGGAUCGACUCAAGUGAAUGCAAAAACGGGAAAAUGCAAGCAGUUACUCAUGAUACAAUACGUUCCUUUUCUGGAUUGCUGUGUAUGACAGUUUCAGGAUUUCUCAUCAUAUUAAUAGUGUUUGGAAUACAGUACGCAAGAAGAUCUCAGAAAAGAGAAGUCAGACGACAGCAGCUUUCAUUUGAAGAUAUGAACCUUGAUCGUACUUUGCCUAUGCCUCCCCCAGAAUUAUUGGCUGAAGCUCCACCAGUGCUGAAUUUGCCUGAAAUUGAAAAACGCACUUUGCUGUAAUCAACUUGCCUUGUUAUACCAGUUACAGGUGCAUUAAAUUCUGGUCUGUACAAUUUCUGGAAGCAAUCAGUACAAGCUUAUGAGCGAAUAAGGAAUGAAGCAAAUUCUUACAAAAGUGGAAAAACUGCUCUGAAAUUAAAACAUUUUGCUGUGUAUUAAUGAGCUUAAUUGUCUCAAAUUUUAUCGCAUGUGAGUCAAAUUUUUUGCUUUUCAAUUUUGGUUUAUAAUGAGUAUAAUAUAUUCCAGAUUGUAGUUAGA